AUGGCUAUACUACGUCGUGAGAUUUUACGUUUUACAAGAUUCAUUCUAGUUUUGAUAAUUGGUUCGAUUCUGAUUGGUAAUUCGUUUGGUGAUGAGAAGAUCGAGAAUGUUUCUGAGAACUUCCGGCACAUGAAGGAUCUUGAGGUAGCUGCUAGUGAACACGAAGGUGGAGGAAGACAAGAGGAAAAGGGCGGCGGCACCAAAUACGAGGAAGAUCAUCAUACCGUUGACGACGAGAAGGGUGACAAGGGUUAUAAGGUCUUCCAUGAGUUCGACAAGGGUGAGAAGGGCCACCAUGACAACGAGGGCCACAAGCAAAAGUACGACGAGAAAAAGGGGAAAGAGGAUAAGGAACACGAGGAGACGGAUCAUUAUGACGAGAGUCACCAUGGUGAAGAAGGCGAGAAAGCUGCGAAAUUCGACGAGGAGGGCAAACACCAAAAAGGCUACAGCACCAAAGGAGAGCACAGUAUUUCUAAGAAGGACGAGUAUGAGAAGAAGCACGAUUUUUACGAUGAGUAUCACGAGGAUGGGGAACAUGAGAAACAUGGAGGCUACCACCACGAACACGAAGGCAAGAAGGGUGGACACGAGAAGAAAGGACAUACGGACUCUGCUCGUCGCGAGCAUCGGCAUGGUAAAAAGAAGAAGCACGAGGAGGGUCAUCAUCAUCGUAAACAGAAGGGUCGCAAGCUCGCUGAAGGCCACGAUAGUCAUCAUCAACACGAUAAGAAAUAUGGAAAGAAGGGUGGACACGAAUCAGGGAAGAAAUGGUUCGCCAGCAGCGGCCAUUAAAUUCUCAGGAGAUAAAGUAGUAUGUUUUCUAAAUAAAAAUUUAUGCUUCGAAAGAUUAACCCUUCAGCUAGUCAUGACAGCGAAUAUUCGCGUUUUAAAACGAUUCAAAGA